AAAAGGCCGAGGUCCCAUAUUUUGUCAGUGGAGUCUGAUUCACAGAGUGAUGAGAUGAUUUACUUCUGUGCAAUUCUAAAGCUUAUUGAAAUGAAAUAAGCAAUCUUUACUCGAUCUUUUACUUGCAAUGGAUUACGAAAGGAUCCAAAAGCCACUGGUACUCGUUAAUAUACACUCUUCCUUGUUCGCUUGCGCUUCUCGCUUUACUUUCUCUACUCCCAACGUUAUUCUCUAUCGAUGCCGUGACCAGCAACCCACAGCUAUUCAUGGUGGGGGGUUUUCUCCAGGAAAGUUGAGAAGUAUGCUACUCGGAGUUGAAAAGAAGAGAAAACAAGAGGAGCAGGUUGAAUCUGGUUAUUCCCUCAGGUCUCAACCAUCUCACUUUGACGAAACUGGUGGGAGCAGUUCUGAUAGUUGCAAAGAUGUAGAUGUUGUUACUGUACUUCCUGAAUGCUCCAUUUCAAUAGCAGCUGACUCCAUGAAUCCACACAUGGUUGCUGAUUGUAGAUCUAAGGAUCAGUCAUUUGUCAGUUCAAGAAUUAGGUCCUUCGAAGAUUCAUCUUUAAAUUAUGAUAGUGUACAUGAUACUGUGAGUGUGUCAUCCUCAGGAUUUGAGUUUCAGAAAACAGAGCGUGCCCCACAAAGAGUGCCCAUUGUUCCAUUUUCUAAACCAAUGCCAUCCAAAUGGGAUGAUGCCCAAAAAUGGAUAGCGAGCCCCAGUUCUAGCAGGACUGGGCAGACUCACUUGCAGGGUGGACAAGGAGUUGGUUCACGAAAGGUGGGUAGUGUUGCCUAUUUAAGCAGGCAAUCUUCUACAAAAGUUGUUGUAGAAGUUCCAGCACAAAAAGUGGUAGCAUUUGAAGAACCAGAAACAAAACGGGUUGAUAGCAAUCAAGCCAAGAAGGAAACUGGGGUGCAGAAAUUUGUUGGUUGGGAGGCUGAUCCAUAUCCAAUUGCAGAUUCAUAUGGCAAGCCUGUGCUCAUGAUUGAGAAUUCUGUCAUGGAGUCAGCAAUUAGCCUCAGUCAGCAUGAUUCAUCUGUGGCCAUACAUAGUGCUACUGCAUUUAUUCCACCUCCUUCAACAGCUAGGUCUGUAUCAAUGAGAGACAUGGGCACGGAAAUGACUCCCAUUGCUAGCCAAGAGCCCUCUAGGAAUGGAACUCCAGUGAGGGCAACAACUCCAAUUCGUAGUCCAAGUUCUUCAAGGCCAUCAUCUCCUGGCAGAGCUGCACUGACUUCUUCUCUAACAAAUCCUCCUAAUGCAAACAAUGAGUUGUCAGAAAAGGAACUGCAAAUAAAAACCAGAAGGGAAAUAAUGGCUUUGGGGACACAGCUAGGUAAAAUGAACAUUGCUGCCUGGGCCAGCAAGGAGGAGGAGGAUAAGGAUGCAUCCAUGUCACUGAAAACUGUCCCAGCAGAACUGCCAACUAAAAGUGUGAUUGAGAUACGUGCUGCAGCUUGGGAGGAGGCAGAGAAAGCCAAGUAUAUGGCCAGGUUUAAACGUGAAGAAAUGAAACUUCAAGCAGAGGAAAAUCAUCAGAAAGCUAAAACAGAGGCUGAGAUGAGGAAAAUUGAGGGGCUAAUUUGUGAAUUUCAUGUUGAUGUCUUGUGGUUUUAUCCCUCUGAAACAUGUUCAAUGGCUUUGUUUUUCUUGGUAGAGGUUGAAAGGAUGAGAGGGCAGGCCCAAGAUAAGCUUAUGAACAAGUUAGCAGCAGCAAGUCAUAAGGCUGAAGAGAAGAGAGCAGCUGCAGAAGCCAAGAGAAAUCGACAAGCUGCGAAAACUGAGCAGCAAGCAGAAUAUAUUCGCAGAACUGGUCGUACCCCGCCUUCAUUUUCCUUCUGCAGAUGGUGCUCUUGAAACCUUAAGCUCUCACUGAAAAGGUUUGUCACGUUUGUAGAUUGUUUUGUACUUUACAUUUCUAUACAUGAUGUUUUGUCAUUCUCAUCAUUUUUCUCUUCUAAACAAACUAUAAAGUCCAAAAUUUCAAGCUCACCAACAAUCAGUAAUUCUUCAAAUUAUUAUUAUUAUUAUUAUUAUUAUUUUCGAUA